GUGUGUGUCCCUCUCUCUCUCUUUCCCUUUGCGUGUGUGUUGGCACUUUGACACCCAAGCGCACAGUGCGCGCGCAGUGCCGUGCCAUACCACGUCGCACCGUGCCGUGCUGUGCCGCUCAUCGCCCAUGAAGCCAAAGGGAAAAGGCUUAACGCCAGAUCGCACGCAGGCAGCAGGCACCGACAGACCGGAGCCGGUUCAUUAAAACCCGCUCUGCAGACCCGCUGUCGGCCGCGCGCAUCACUACUACAACUCCUCCCGGUGCCGCCGACGGACCCGGAGCGACAAGCGCGCGCUGACGGUGUGGAGGAGGUGGGCACAAUGGAACCGAACCCGAGCCGAUAAGCGGUUAACUCAUACACACACAGACGCUGCAGCUGAGCAGGGAGGACACACGUUCACCGGAGACAUGGCGACAACCGGCAAGAUCUGAACUUUGCAGGAGCCGCCGCGCAGGAUUAUCGAGCUGUCCACCGUCUGCAGAGCGACGAGCGGGAGCCAGAGUGCGCGUCAGUGGAUCGGUCACCGGGAACAGGCUCCGUGAUGCCGCGCGGGGACGGAGGUGUGGGGGCCUGGCAGGUGCUGAUGACCAUCUCCCUGGUCAUCGCCCCCCUGUCUGCACACGGGAGGCAUUCGCUGACCAGGCGCCAUCAUCACCACAACCAAUCAUCUCUCAACAAGGAGGCCUUGAACACCAGGAUGAUGCUGAGUGAUGACUCGGCGGAGAGAGACCACCUGAUCGGAGCAGGUCUCGGGGCCAAACUCCCUCUUAGCUCCACCAAACAUCACCAUUCUCGCAAACACGUCCACCUAGACUUCGUAGAGGAGGACCCACCUGUCGUGGAGGAGCUCACUGCCGGUGGUGCAGGUCCAGACCAGCCUGGAAACCCCCUGACCGAUGACGUCAUCACCGUGGCGUUCCACAGCCCGGCGCCGGAUGUUGUGCCCUCUGACGCUUUGGAUUUGGCAAAAGUCCCCAAACCCCAGAAGCAGAAAGGGGCGGACCCCACCGCAUGGACGCUGUCUGACUUUUACGACUACCUUGCACCUGACGAUGACCUCUCAGCGUUGGAUACAACCCCGGAGCCCGAGCCCACGCCUUCACCCCCAGCCGACAUGGAGGAUGAGAAUCCGCGCCUUUCUGGUUCUCCUGCUGUCCCUGACUAUGUGAAGCCUAAAGUGGAGAGUGGGCCCUCCUCACCUGUUCCUCCAAUGCCAGGGCCAGAUAAGGACGAUGAGGUCGGCGUGGGUGGUGCCAUGGGGACUGACGGCUGCAGGCUGGGCUUUGUCCGCUCUGGACCAGGGGUGUGUGUGUCUCAGUGUGACACUGAAACCAAUUUAUGCUUCAAUGGAGGGGUGUGCACCGUGGUGGCAGGAAUGGGGGCUUUCUGCAGGUGUAACGUACAGGACUACAUCUGGAACAAAGGCACGCGCUGUGAUUGGGCGGUCACAGAGUUUCAGGUGAUUUGCGCGGUGGUGGGCGUGUCCUCCUUUGUGCUCCUCCUCCUCUUCAUGAUCAUCGUAUUCUUUGCCAAGAGGCUGCACCGCCUCAAGAACGAGAACAGGCGCCUUCGCAAACGCAGUAAGUACCGGCCGCAGAGCAGCGAGCCACAGACGGACGGCCUCUCGGUUUCCACGACGGCCGACGGCUCGCAGCCAAAUGUAAGGAAACUGUGCGACACCCCUCCGCCCGCUCCCCAAGCUCACACUCACAACCUGGCGUACUAUGACAACAUUAUCUGUCAGAGGCCACCACCAACCAGCUAUACCUGGGAGUAUACACCCAGAAACCCUUAUAACCACAUUCAGGAUGACCCCCAGAAGAAGGACGACCCAGGGAAGUCCCCGCAGCCCAAGGAAGAGGGCUCUAUGAACAUCCUCAACUCUCAUUCCCCCAAGCAUGAGAACAAUCGCCCGACCUCCGUCGCUCACGACCACGACCACACUCCCAACAACACAGAGGAGAACGCCGAGGAUGGAGUCACUAUCGGCCUGGAAGUGCUCCUGCCCAAAGAGGCCAAGCUCCACUCAGAGACCAGCUCGCCCCUUCAGUACGACGUCUUCCUCUACAAGGUCGCCAACAAUGGAGACACCGACUCCCCCAGCCACGCCCCUCCCUCUCACAGUGCCAACUCUUACUCCACCUUUCACCACAUCCCCAAAUCGCCCAAAUCGCCCAAGAAGCCCAAGUCGCCCAAGGUGUCGAAGUCAUCCAAAUCACCCAAACACACCAAGGAGCAUCCACCCAUCAACCAUGAGCCCUUGUCUGUGAGGCACUCCUCGCCUGGCCGUCACCUCUCCACCGCUCACUACCCGCCAUGCUCUCGUCACUCUGCACCCGAGUGCUACUCUUCCCCCAGCUGCCACCCAUCCUCCCACCACUCUCCCUCCCAGUACAAAUGCAUGCCCACAUCUGCCUCCACCCCGCCCCAGAUGCGCAGGCCCAGAGGUCGAUCUCACGGUCCCGACUCGGAGCACUCGGGGACUGGGAGAGAGCACCACAGCGGACAUAUUCGUCCGUCUCCAUCCUCGCCUCAUCUUACCCAGCCUUCUCCAUCACCAUCAGGCAGGGUGAAGUACAGCCCGGUCAGCACCCGAUCCCUGCCACCGCUCUCCUGACCAGGCCUCCACCCAGUGCGGCUUGGCGUCCAUAAACUCAAACGCACAAAACGUCUCUCAUGAUCUAAUCUCUUCACUGAUCUGUCCAUCAUGACUCUUACCCUUUUAUUAGUGAUUUAUAGGUGAAUUAUCCAUCCAUCCGUCAUCCAUCUUUGUACUCUGACUCCCUAAGUUUAUACCCGGACGAUGAGCACAGCACCUGCUCCAUGGAGCCAGAAAACUAGAACUGGGAUCACGCUGUAUACACCACACUCACUCCAACUCAGACACAGAUGCACCAAAACGCAUCAAAUAAAUCACUGUGUAGUCUCUGCAGCCACACGUUCACACCUUUGUGUAAAUAAUUAAACGUCUCAAAGCUCAGGUUACCGCUCGCACAAACACAAAAAAAACCAUCCACUACAUCUCUCCUAGAACGGUGCCAACGACUGCUGAAGAUAGUGUUUGUAAAGGUUUCAUAGAAGUUUACAACAGUAGCCUUAGUGUUUUCAACUGUUUUUACGAAUCUUUUGCUAUUCAGUGUGUACGAUUAUCACGUGUUUUCAAAGGCUUUUUGGUAUGUUUUUCAUGUUUCUAAUCCUCAAUAAAAAAAAGAUGAACGACAAAAUGUGCAGCAUUGUGCUCUACAGACGGAGAGAG